AUGCCACCUGUCUCUGGGAAGCCUUUGAAGCUUUAUAUUUCAGCAUAUGACCUGUUGAUUGGGUGUUUGCUGCCCCAAGAACAUGAGAUGGGCCAUGAACAAGCCAUCUACUACUGGAGUAGGAGGUUGAAUGAUGCUAAAACUAGAUACACGGCUGUGGAGAAGUUAUGCUUGGCUCUACAUUUUGCUGCAAUAAAGCUCAAGCAUCAUAUGUUGCCUUCAGAAGUGUUUGUAGUGGCACAAACUGAUGAAGCAAUAAAGGGACAGGCUUUAGCAGAUUUUCUGGCAAAACAUCCAUGUUUGCCUAUCGAACCAGAUCUAUUUGAGGUUCAUAUGGUAGACAUUGAGCCCUGGAGGCUAAUGUUUGAUGGGUCUAGAACAGAUGAAGGGGUUGGAGCAGGUAUUGUUUUGAUUGCUCCUAAUCAGCAAAUGCACCAGUUUGUUUAUCAGUUGGAUGAGCAACAUGUGCAGUCUUGUAACCAAGCCGAGUAUGAGGCUUUGAUAAUUAGACUUGAAUUGGCUGUAGAAUUUAAAAUUCGAAGGUUACAAGUUUUUGGUGACUCCCAACUAGUCAUCAAGCAAAUGGAAGGAGAAUUCAAUGUGUGA